UCCUGUAACAGCCACUGGGUGAGAGGCCUGCACCUACACAGGCGAUGAGCACAGCAGGGGAGCCAGGAAAAAGACCAGUUUGAAAGGAACCAAGGAAAAGGUGUCCUUUUUAGAAACCCAUGACUCUAACCUACAUUUGCAGCAGCUUGACCCGGCGGUGUGAACUUUGGUUGCACUGAGAUGCUAACUGCAGGAGUGGCUUCUGGGCUUUAAGAAAAAGUAUAAGGAGGAAAGCUCCGAAACAGGAUAUUCAUUUUUAAAAAUCAACAUAGUCAUCGGUACCCAUUUGGAACUGGCAAUGCUUCGAGCCUUUGUCCAGCCCACUACCCCUGCCUACCAGCCACUUGCCAGUCACCUGUCGGCCGAAACAGAAGUGAAGUUUAAGGGCACUUUGGUGCAUGAAGCUCAACUCAACUGCUUCUACAUCUCUCCUGGAGGUUCCAACUAUGGGAGCCCGCGCCCAGCUCAUGCCAACAUGAACGCCAACGCAGCUGCGGGGCUUGCUCCGGAGCACAUCCCCACCCCAGGGGCAGCCCUGUCCUGGCAGGCGGCCAUCGAUGCGGCCCGGCAGGCGAAGCUGAUGGGCAGUGGUGGCAACGCGACCAUCUCCACGGUCAGCUCCACACAGCGGAAGCGGCAGCAGUACGGCAAACCCAAGAAGCAGGGCAGCACGCCCGCCACGCGCCCGCCCCGCGCCCUGCUCUGCUUGACGUUGAAGAACCCCAUCCGGAGGGCGUGCAUCAGCAUCGUGGAAUGGAAACCAUUUGAAAUAAUUAUUUUACUGACUAUUUUUGCCAAUUGCGUGGCCUUAGCGAUCUAUAUCCCCUUCCCAGAGGACGAUUCCAACGCCACCAACUCCAACCUGGAACGAGUGGAAUAUCUCUUUCUCAUCAUUUUCACCGUGGAGGCGUUUUUAAAAGUAAUAGCCUAUGGACUUCUCUUUCAUCCCAACGCUUACCUCCGCAACGGGUGGAAUUUACUAGAUUUUAUCAUUGUGGUUGUAGGGCUCUUCAGUGCCAUUUUAGAGCAAGCCACCAAAGCCGACGGGCCCAACGUCCUUGGGGGAAAGGGCGCCGGAUUUGAUGUGAAGGCGCUGAGGGCUUUCCGAGUCCUGCGCCCUUUGCGCCUGGUGUCUGGAGUGCCGAGUCUCCAGGUGGUUCUGAAUUCCAUUAUCAAGGCCAUGGUCCCCCUACUGCAUAUUGCCCUGCUAGUACUGUUCGUCAUCAUCAUCUAUGCUAUCAUUGGCCUGGAGCUCUUCAUGGGGAAGAUGCAUAAGACAUGCUACAACCAGGAGGGGAUAGCAGAUGUCCCAGCAGAGGAUGAUCCUUCCCCGUGUGCCCUUGAGACGGGCCACGGGCGCCAGUGUCAGAACGGCACUGUGUGCAAGCCCGGCUGGGACGGGCCCAAGCACGGCAUCACCAACUUUGACAAUUUCGCCUUCGCCAUGCUGACGGUGUUCCAGUGCAUCACCAUGGAAGGCUGGACGGACGUGCUGUACUGGGUCAAUGAUGCCGUAGGAAGGGACUGGCCCUGGAUCUAUUUUGUUACACUAAUCAUCAUAGGGUCAUUUUUUGUACUUAACUUGGUUCUCGGUGUUCUUAGCGGAGAGUUUUCCAAAGAGAGGGAGAAGGCCAAGGCUCGGGGAGAUUUCCAGAAGCUGCGAGAGAAGCAGCAACUGGAGGAAGACCUGAAAGGUUACCUGGACUGGAUCACGCAGGCAGAAGACAUCGACCCCGAGAACGAGGAUGAAGGCAUGGAUGAGGAGAAACCCCGGAACAUGAGCAUGCCCACAAGUGAGACAGAGUCCGUCAACACAGAAAACGUGGCCGGAGGUGACAUCGAGGGCGAGAGCUGCGGGGCCAGGCUGGCCCACCGGAUCUCCAAGUCCAAGUUCAGCCGCUACUGGCGCCGGUGGAAUCGGUUCUGCCGAAGGAAGUGCCGCGCCGCCGUCAAGUCUAAUGUCUUCUACUGGCUCGUGAUCUUCCUGGUCUUCCUGAACACGCUCACCAUCGCGUCGGAGCACUACAACCAGCCCUACUGGCUCACGGAAAUCCAAGACACGGCCAACAAGGCACUGCUGGCCCUUUUCACGGCAGAGAUGCUCCUGAAGAUGUAUAGCCUGGGCUUGCAGGCCUACUUUGUGUCCCUCUUCAACCGCUUUGACUGCUUCAUUGUGUGCGGGGGCAUCCUGGAGACCAUCCUGGUGGAGACCAAGAUCAUGUCCCCCUUGGGCAUCUCUGUGCUGAGAUGUGUCCGGCUACUAAGGAUAUUUAAAAUCACAAGGUAUUGGAACUCCUUAAGCAACCUGGUGGCGUCCCUACUGAACUCCGUGCGCUCCAUCGCCUCCCUGCUGCUGCUGCUCUUCCUCUUCAUCAUCAUCUUCUCCCUCCUGGGAAUGCAGCUCUUUGGAGGAAAGUUCAACUUUGAUGAGAUGCAGACCAGGAGGAGUACGUUCGAUAACUUCCCCCAGUCUCUGCUCACUGUGUUCCAGAUCCUGACCGGGGAGGACUGGAAUUCGGUGAUGUAUGAUGGGAUCAUGGCUUAUGGCGGCCCCUCUUUUCCAGGGAUGUUAGUCUGUAUUUACUUCAUCAUCCUCUUCAUCUGUGGAAAUUAUAUCCUACUGAAUGUAUUCUUGGCCAUUGCGGUGGACAACCUGGCUGAUGCUGAAAGCCUCACAUCUGCCCAAAAAGAGGAGGAAGAAGAGAAGGAGAGAAAGAAGCUGGCCAGGACGGCCAGCCCAGAGAAGAAACAAGAGGUGGUGGAAAAGCCGCCUGUGGAGGAGACCAAGGAGGAGAAAAUCGAGCUGAAAUCCAUCACGGCGGAUGGAGAGUCCCCACCCACCACCAAGAUCAACGUGGAUGAUCUCCAGGCCAAUGAAAAUGAGGGCAAGAGUCCCUACCCCAACCCGGAAACUACAGGAGAAGAGGAGGAGGAGGAGCCUGAGAUGCCCGUGGGCCCUCGGCCCCGCCCUCUGUCUGAGCUGCACCUGAAGGAAAAGGCAGUGCCCAUGCCCGAAGCCAGCGCGUUUUUCAUCUUCAGCCCCAGCAACAGGUUCCGCCUCCAGUGCCACCGCAUUGUCAAUGACACCAUCUUCACCAACCUGAUCCUCUUCUUCAUCCUGCUCAGCAGCAUUUCCCUGGCUGCCGAGGACCCCGUCCAGCACACCUCCUUCAGGAACCACAUUCUGUUUUAUUUUGAUAUUGUUUUUACUGCCAUUUUCACCAUUGAAAUUGCUCUGAAGAUCCUAGGCAAUGCAGACUACGUCUUCACUAGUAUCUUUACGUUAGAAAUUAUCCUUAAGAUGACUGCCUACGGGGCUUUCCUCCACAAGGGCUCCUUCUGCCGGAACUACUUCAACAUCUUGGACCUGCUGGUGGUCAGCGUGUCCCUCAUCUCCUUUGGCAUCCAGUCCAGUGCCAUCAACGUUGUGAAGAUCCUGCGAGUCCUUCGAGUACUCAGGCCCCUGAGGGCCAUCAACAGGGCCAAGGGGCUAAAGCACGUGGUCCAGUGUGUGUUUGUCGCCAUCCGGACCAUCGGCAACAUCGUCAUCGUCACCACACUGCUGCAGUUCAUGUUCGCCUGCAUCGGGGUCCAGCUCUUCAAGGGAAAACUCUACACCUGUUCAGACAGUUCCAAGCAGACCGAGGCGGAGUGCAAGGGGAACUACAUCACGUACAAGGACGGGGAGGUUGACCACCCCAUCAUCCAGCCCCGAAGCUGGGAGAAUAGCAAGUUCGACUUCGACAACGUUCUGGCGGCCAUGAUGGCCCUGUUCACUGUCUCCACGUUUGAGGGGUGGCCAGAGCUGCUGUACCGCUCCAUCGACUCGCACACGGAAGACAAGGGUCCCAUCUACAACUACCGCGUGGAGAUCUCCAUCUUCUUCAUCAUCUACAUCAUCAUCAUUGCCUUCUUCAUGAUGAACAUCUUCGUGGGCUUUGUCAUCGUGACCUUCCAGGAGCAGGGGGAGCAGGAGUACAAGAACUGUGAGCUGGACAAGAACCAGAGACAGUGUGUGGAGUAUGCCCUCAAGGCCCGGCCCCUGCGGAGGUACAUCCCCAAGAACCAGCACCAGUACAAAGUGUGGUACGUGGUGAACUCCACCUACUUCGAGUACCUGAUGUUUGUCCUCAUCCUGCUCAACACCAUCUGCUUGGCCAUGCAGCACUACGGCCAGAGCUGCCUGUUCAAAAUCGCCAUGAACAUCCUCAACAUGCUCUUCACCGGCCUCUUCACGGUGGAGAUGAUCUUGAAGCUCAUUGCCUUCAAGCCCAAGGGUUACUUUAGUGAUCCCUGGAAUGUUUUUGACUUCCUCAUCGUAAUUGGCAGCAUAAUUGACGUCAUUCUCAGUGAGACUAAUCACUAUUUCUGUGAUGCAUGGAAUACGUUUGACGCCUUGAUUGUUGUGGGUAGCAUUGUUGAUAUAGCAAUCACCGAGGUAAACCCAGCUGAACAUACCCAAUGCUCUCCCUCUAUGAACGCGGAGGAGAACUCUCGAAUCUCCAUCACCUUCUUCCGCCUCUUCCGGGUCAUGCGCCUGGUCAAGCUGCUGAGCCGUGGCGAGGGCAUCCGGACCCUGCUGUGGACCUUCAUCAAGUCCUUGCAGGCCCUGCCCUACGUGGCUCUGCUGAUUGUGAUGCUCUUCUUCAUCUACGCUGUGAUUGGCAUGCAGGUGUUUGGGAAAAUCGCCCUGAACGAUACCACGGAGAUCAACCGGAACAACAACUUCCAGACCUUCCCCCAAGCUGUGCUGCUCCUCUUCAGGUGUGCCACAGGGGAGGCCUGGCAAGACAUCAUGCUGGCCUGCAUGCCGGGCAGGAAAUGUGCCCCAGAAUCUGAGCCCAGCAACAGCACGGAGGCAGAGACACCUUGUGGCAGCAGCUUCGCCGUCUUCUACUUCAUCAGCUUCUACAUGCUCUGCGCCUUCCUGAUCAUCAACCUCUUUGUAGCGGUCAUCAUGGACAACUUUGACUACCUGACGAGAGACUGGUCCAUCCUCGGGCCCCACCACCUGGAUGAAUUCAAGAGGAUCUGGGCCGAGUAUGACCCUGAAGCCAAGGGCCGGAUCAAACACCUAGAUGUGGUGACCCUGCUCCGGCGGAUCCAGCCCCCACUGGGUUUUGGGAAGCUCUGCCCUCACCGCGUGGCUUGCAAACGCCUGGUCUCCAUGAACAUGCCUCUGAACAGCGAUGGAACGGUCAUGUUCAAUGCCACCCUCUUCGCCCUGGUCAGGACGGCCCUGAGGAUCAAGACAGAAGGGAACCUCGAGCAAGCCAACGAGGAGCUGCGGGCCAUCAUCAAGAAGAUCUGGAAGCGCACCAGCAUGAAGCUCCUGGACCAGGUGGCGCCCCCUGCCGGCGAUGACGAGGUCACAGUCGGCAAGUUCUACGCCACCUUCCUGAUCCAGGAGUACUUCCGGAAGUUCAAGAAGCGCAAAGAGCAGGGUCUUGUGGUAGAAACAGACCAGGGGCCUCACUUGUCCUCUGGGUUGCAGGCUGGCUUGCGCACGCUGCACGACCUGGGACCCGAGAUCCGACGCGCCAUCUCUGGAGAUCUGGCGGCCGAGGAGGAGCUGGACAAGGCCAUGAAGGAGGCCGUGUCUGCCACCUCAGAAGAUGACAUCUUCAGGAGGGCCGGUGGCCUGUUCGGCAACCAUGUCAGCUACUACCAAAGCGAAGGCCGGAGCACCCUCCCCCAGACCUUCACCACCCAGCGCCCUCUGCACAUCAACAAGGCGGGUAACAGCCAAGGCGACACCGAGUCUCCCUCCCACGAGAAACUGGUGGACUCCACUUUCACCCCCAGCAGCUACUCGUCCACUGGCUCCAACGCCAACAUCAACAAUGCCAACAACACGGCCCUGGGCCGCUUCCCCCGCCCCACCGGCUACCCCGGCACGGUCAGCACCGUGGAGGGCCACGGGCUCCCCUUGUCUCCUGCCAUCCGGGUACAGGAGUCAGCCUGGAAGCUCGGCUCCAAGAGGUGCAGCUCCCGGGAGAGCCAGACAGCCAUGGUGUGUCCGGAGGAGGUCUCUGGGGAGGAGACCGAUGAGGUGAAGUUCCCAGCAGACUCGGAGUACUGCAGCGAGCCCAGCCUGGUCUCCACAGAGAUGCUCUCCUAUCAGGAUGAUGAAAACCGACAGCUGACGCCCCCCGAGGAAGACAAGAGAGACUCCCGGCAAUCUCCAGAGAGGGGGUUCCUCCGCUCCGCCUCCCUAGGGCGAAGGGCCUCCUUCCACCUGGAAUGUCUGAAGUGGCAGAAGAAUCAAGGGGGAGACAUCUCUCAGAAGACAGUGCUGCCCUUGCACCUGGUUCAUCAUCAGGCAUUGGCAGUGGCGGGCCUGAGCCCUCUUCUCCAGAGAAGCCACUCCCCCACCACGUUCCCCAGGCCGUGUGCCACGCCCCCUGCCACGCCCGUCGGCCGAGGGUGGCCCCCGCAGCCCAUCCCCACCCUGCGCUUGGAGGGUGCUGAGUCCGCGGAGAAACUCAACAGCAGCUUCCCGUCCAUCCACUGCAGCUCCUGGUCCCAGGAGGGUCCUGACUGUGGUGAGGGUGGCAGUGCCGUCCGGAGAGCCCGGCCUGUCUCCCUCACGGUGCCCAGCCAGGCCGGGGCCCCAGGGAGGCAGUUCCACGGCAGUGCCAGCAGUCUGGUCGAAGCGGUCUUGAUCGCGGAAGGACUGGGGCAGUUUGCACAAGAUCCCAAGUUCAUCGAGGUCACGACCCAGGAGCUGGCUGACGCCUGCGACAUGACAGUCGAGGAAAUGGAGAACGCAGCGGACACCCUCCUCAGCGGGGGCACCCAGCAGAGCCCCAACGGCACCCUACUACCCUUUGUUAACUGCAGGGACCCCGGGCAGGACCGAGCAGGGGCAGAAGAGGACGGGAGCUGUGGGCAGGCCCUGGAGGGCCGGCCGCCGAGCGAGGGGGAGCUGCAGGACAGCAGGGUCUGCGUCAGCAGCCUGUAGGAGCCAGGGCUGGGGAGAUGCUGGGUUUUUAUUUGUUUCAAUGUUCCUAAUGGGUUCGUUUCAGAAGUGCCUCACUGUUCUCGUGACCUGGAGUUAACCGGAACAGCGUCUUCAUUCAUUUCUGUUGGGACAAGGCGCAGAGUUGGGUGGUGUGGGGGAGAGCCAGCUUUUCGGGGGGAAGAAAAGCAGCAACCCCAGUUUGUGUUGGCAGAGGUGGGUAGAGUGGUGAGGAGGAGCAGGAGGAGGAGGGGGAGAAGGUGGCCACGUCUGGAAGGGAGAGCCGGAGAAGACAGGCCUGCCCUUGCUCGCACUGUAUUUCAGGGCCUGCACCAGGAGCCCACAGUCGCCAUUGGGCAUGAAAUAGAACCUCGGCUUUCUGCGGUAACACCCUCGCCAAAAGGACUCCCUGAUCAAACAGGUGUCUUUCAACUUUGCUUGUAAAAAAAAAAAUCAUUUUGCACAUAUUCUGUAUAAGCCUCACUGUCUCCUUAGGGCCAGGGCCCUGUGGAUUUGGAGAAUGCACUGGGGGGGUAGGAUUUCCAUGCAGGGGCACCCAGCGAGACCACAAGACUGGCACGAGGGGCUGGGUGGCAGCGUCCAGCUUCUCCCCAGACGCGGGGCACCUCCACCCCUGCACAUGCCAUGUGAGAGCCCUGAUGGACGGCAGCCAGUGGGGGCGACCACCCACCCAAGUUUGCACCGCCCCAGGGAAGGGGCAGCCAGCGCUGGGAAAGCAGGGGGUGCUGAGCUCGGUGGAGUGCUCUUUCAUUUGGUGGUUUGAAGUUUUUUUCUUGACAGCAUGUUGUCGUUUUUUUUGUUUUUGUUUUUUGGGGGUGGGUUGGGGGAGUUGGUUUUGGGGGGCUUUCCUUUUAGGUCUUGGUUUUCGUUGUUCCCCAGGGGAGGGAAGGAUGAAGGAAGAGUGUUUGCAAAGCUGGGUGCCCAUCCACCGUGCGCUCUUUUUACUUCUGCCCAUGUCAGCCAGGUUUGGUUUCAGCGGCUUCUUUCAAUGGUUGUGGUUCCCUUCCGUGCCCAGCCCCCUCCGACCCCCCUUCCAGAGGAUUCCGUCCACGGAAGCUACUUGUAAGGAGAGUUUUACCAGCCCCAUAAUUUGUUUCAAAAACCCUUCGGUAGGAACAAAUCUUCCAUUUGUUGGUCUGGUUUGGGUUUGGUUUUGUGAUUUGGAGGUGUGGGUCAUGCACUUGAUGCGGUCUUGCACAUAUGUGUGAUUGAAUUGGAUUCCUUGAUGCCAGGUGUGGUGGUGGGUGCCAGAGAGAAGCCUGAUUGAGAGAACGUUAGUGUGCGUGUGUGUGUGCACCCACACAACGUGCCCGUGCGCACGAAGGUGUAUGCACUGCCCCCUUCUGGUUUAACUGUGGGGAGAUCUGAACCCCCGGGCCACUGGAAAGCAAAAACAAGCCACUGUCUCUGCUUCUGAAACAGGAAUCAGUAACUCUUUGCAUUUUCUGUCCCACAAGAUAUGCAAAAACAAUGCAAUAAUAUUCAUCUUAAAAAUACAAUUGUGAGUUGUGUUGGCAUUAAAACUAUUUAAAAAAAACACGCAGAAAUUUAAGGGGAAAACUCAAGAAGGCAUUUUGCUUCAAUAUAUUCUGUGUAAUGUUUUAUUGCAUUGAUAAUGUUUCUGUUGAAGAAACCGUUAUACUUGAAUUCAGGUCAGUUUCAGUAUUUUUCAAAUAUUUUUUUAAAACUGAAUUGCAAUUGUGCCAGGCGAAUAUAAUGAAUUAAGUUUGUUUUUGAAUUCACUUCUUGUAUAUUUUGCUGCAUGUAAAGUAAAUCAUUUUGUAUUUGGAGUGUGACAAGCUUUACCUGUGAACUCUUAAGUGCUUCUCUGUGUGUGGUUGGGGACAGGGACGGAGUUGGCUUUCAACUUGUACAAUGAGCAAAGGUGUCACCUGUGUCGGUCACUACCCGGCUGGCCACAGACAGGUUUGGACAUUACUGUUUUGCAUAUCUUGUGUUUGCUUCCAUUUCCCUUGGUCUUUCCAAAAUAAUAUAACAGGUCUAUU